UUUUUUCACACUACCUUUACUUCCCACUUGCCACUCUCUCUAAGAUUCCUUUCUACUUUCAUCCUCUACAGUUGCAGACGAUAUAUACACAGAGGUGGGGGAGCUAGGAUAUGAGAGGACAGCUAGGAGCAGUGAUGGGGAAGUACCCUUCAAGUGAUGGGAAUGGUGAACGGCGUAGUGGUGGGAUUAUAAAGCACAACAGGAAAUGCAGAGAUGUGGUGUUUCUGCUCAUCUUCAUUGCAUUUUGGGUUGCUAUGAUUGUGAAUUCUAGCUUUGGAUUCAACAGAGGAAACCCAUUAAGGUUAACUUAUGGGCUUGAUUAUAAAGGCAACAUUUGUGGUGACCGACAUGCAGACCCUAACCUUCAUAAUUUGGAAGUCAGAUAUUGGUUAAAUCCCAAUGAGGUUUAUCAAAGUGGUCUAAAGGAUGGUGAUGUUAAGCUUCCAAAUGCCCGAAGUAUUUGCUUGUUGGACUGCCCUAUUCUAUCAGAGGAUUCACUAAAUUGGGUCUGUGAUUAUCCAGAGGGUGACGUUCGUCUCUCAGUUGAAGACUGGAUUAAUAGGAAUUAUGAUUAUUUUGCUGAUCUUCCUCCUGAUUUAAGGAAAAAUUCUCUUCAGCUACUGGGUCCAUGUUACCCUGUCAUAUUUCCUAGUGUUAAUGUUUAUUGGAGCUGCCAAUUUAAUUCUCGCUUGUCAAAUGUGUCUUUGCGGCAUUGGAAGGAGAUGGGUGGAGCAGACAUUGUUGAGGACAUUAUAAUUGAUAAAUCUAUUCACAAGUCCAUCAACUCGCGAUCAUCAGUCUUAAAGAGAUAUGUUGCUGAUGUUGAGAAAUCAUGGCCUGUCUUGAUUGUUUGUGGAGGAAUUUUGCCAGUGUUCCUGUCAGUUAUUUGGCUUUUGAUGAUUCGCUACUUUGUUGCUGCAAUGCCAUGGAUUACUGUUGCCCUUUUUAAUAUCCUUAUCAUAUCAGUAACAAUGUUCUACUACUUAAAAGCUGGAUGGAUUGGAAACAAUGCCAUAUCCCCCAUCAUCGGCGAACAUGACCCAUAUUAUCAUGUUUCUGCAAGGGAGUUGAACCAUCUCCAUGCUGCUGCUGUUCUUAUGACCAUUAUCAUGGUUAUUGCAUUCUUAUCAUCUAUUGCUAUUGUGCGCCGUAUCCUCAUGGCAACAUCUGUUCUGAAGGUUGCUGCCAAAGUCAUUGGAGAAGUGCAGGAACUAAUAAUUUUCCCCGUCAUUCCAUAUGCUAUCCUUGGAAUCUUUUAUAUGUUCUGGUUUUCAGCGGCUUUCCAUCUUUUCAGUUCUGGGCAAGUCGUCCAGAAUGACUGCAGCAACAACUGUUGUGCUUAUGACCUUAAAACAAAACGAGUGAUCUGUGAUCGUUGCUGUGGUUAUAGUGUCCAAUUUACCCCACAUAUUGCCAUUGCUAUUCUUUUUCACCUCUUUGGCUGUUACUGGGCUACACAAUUUGUUGUUGCGUGCUCCUCAACUGUCAUUGCAGGCUCAGUUGCUUCAUAUUAUUGGGCUCGAGAUGAAGCAUCGCCAGAGGUUCCAUUUCUCUCAGUUUUCUCUUCAAUGAAGCGGCUUAUACGUUACAGCAUUGGCUCUGUUGCUCUGGGCUCUCUAGUUGUGUCAUUCACUGAGUCCAUCCGAUUCAUACUCGAAUCACUUCGUCGCAAAUUUAAAGCUACUAAUUCGAUGCCAGAAAGCUGGAUAGGGAGGAUUUUGUUUAAUACUGCCCAGGGUUGCUCGAAAUGUAUUAGCUGGAUUAUCAAAUCUGUGAACCGUAAUGCUUAUAUAAUGAUAGCUAUUACGGGAAAAAGCUUCUUCAAAGCUUCAGAGAUUGCAACAGAACUCAUUAUCAGCAAUAUCCUCCGGAUAGGGAAAGUCAACAUUAUCAGUGAUGUUAUCCUGUUUCUUGGGAAGCUAUGCGUGAGUCUUGCAAGCUCGCUGUUCGCUUUUCUCAUGUUGGAUACUCACAAGUACAAGUCCGCACACGACAAGAUCUCCUCCCCGCUAUUCCCAGUGCUGGUAUGCUGGGGUCUUGGAUAUAUUGUUGCUACCCUUUUCUUUGUAGUGGUGCAAAUGUCGAUCGAUACCAUAAUCCUUUCGUUCUGCCAAGACUCCGAUGAGCACGAUGGAACUGCCCAAUACGCACCUCCUCUUCUAAUGGAGACUUUGAGUGACCAGAAUGAGAUGCAAAGACUUACACAAUGAUCAAUUUGAAACCUCCAUUGCAGCAGCAUCACCUUCAUAUGCAUGUUUGUUGUAGCUUCAUAGUUUUAGUUGUAAUGGUUGCCCCUUGAAGGUUGUUUUGGGCAUCUGAUCUGCUUGUUGCAAUGCAUUAUUAUUGCCCUACCAUGAGUCACCCAACUCAGUAUAAUGUAUAUAGUUACUAAGCGAAAAUUUUUGACGCACAAAUAUUUAACUUUGUAGUUAUAAAUUUCAUAUUAGAUAUAAAUGUAUAAUAUUAUUGAUUAAAUUUGCAA